CGCAAAGCUCGCGCCACCUAGCGAACGACGGGCAAAGGAAUUCCGACAGCGGCGGCCGUGGCGAUGAGGCAGGAGACGUCUAUCUGACUUUUCGUGUCGGCUACGCCGAGAAAAAAUUAAAAAUCUCGAUUAACGAACGAACGACCGAUGCUUUAAUCGUGGAUAUAUCGUUCGAGAGGUUGAAAUGAGCGAAGAGGUCUGUUCCGAGACCCAGCUACCUCUUCUCCAGCAGGAAACUAUACUGAAGGAUCAUGUCAGUCUGCCUCAUCGCGAUCCAAUGGCUAAAUUGGGCCGGGCCAUCGUCAAACAAUUUCAAGUUAGUAAAUCUCGUCCGGUAGCGGCACUCGCUUCAUUAACACAACGGCUGUCCCGUCAUAAUGUACUUUCUCGUUUGGACAAGUCGACUAGUUUACCUAGCAUUUCCGUUCAAAGAUUACCUUCCUCUAAAGCUAGCGCCUCCAGUUCGGGGGAUAAAGUUUCGGGGACGUUAACUGUUAUAACCUCAUUGCCGGUGCUGGGCAGUAGCAGUCGUAGCAGCUAUAACGUAGGUAGUGAUCAUUCUUCGGCCACUCCCGAAUGUGUUUCGCCUGCAACUGGCAGCCCGCAGCAAAACAGUAAAAGUUCAACUCCUCGAAACUUCCAUCAUCAAGACCCUUACGGCAGGAAGCUUCCUCUGAUGCCAAAUGAUGUGCUAAAGUAUUAUUCAAAUCGUUUAAAUGCUUUCGAGAGAGCGGAAGUGAAGCAAUAUCCAGAAAUAUGGUAUCUAGGACUAGAAACAAUUAAGAUCGAAGGCAAGGAAGGUAGUCCGCAAAACUGUGGUUAUGAUGAUGAAAAUGGAUCUUAUAUCAAGGUUCUUCACGAUCACAUUGCCUAUAGGUACGAAAUUCUAGAAGUAAUCGGCAAAGGUUCUUUCGGUCAAGUUAUAAGGGCUUUGGAUCACAAAACAAAUAAACAAGUAGCUCUCAAGAUUAUAAGAAAUAAGAAGCGCAGAUUUCAUCAGCAGGCAUUGGUAGAAGUGAAGAUUCUAGAGCACUUGUCCAAGAAAGAUACGGAUGGAUAUUACUGUAUUAUCCAGAUGUUGGAUCAUUUUCACUUCCGAAAUCAUUUAUGCAUUACCUUUGAAUUAAUGGGCAUGAAUUUAUACGAAUUAAUAAAGAAAAAUAACUAUCAAGGAUUCAGCUUGAGUCUCAUUCGGCGAUUUGCAUAUUAUCUUGUUCAAUGCUUAAGGCUCCUGUAUAGAGAAAAAAUUAUACAUUGCGAUUUAAAACCGGAAAAUAUCUUGUUAAAACAUAGAGGAAGCAGUUCGAUUAAAGUGAUAGAUUUUGGUAGUUCUUGUUUCGUUAAUCAAAGGGUAUAUACUUACAUCCAGUCUCGAUUUUAUCGAUCUCCAGAGGUAAUUCUUGGACUUCCUUACGGGACACCUAUAGAUAUGUGGAGUUUAGGUUGUAUUUUAGCUGAAUUAUAUACCGGAUUUCCUUUGUUCCCUGGUGAAAACGAAGCUGAUCAGUUAGCAUGUGUAAUGGAAAUCUUCGGCCCUCCUCCUGGAGAAAUUUUAGAAACUGCUAGCAGGAGGAGAUUAUUUUUCGAUUCAAAAGGAGUCCCACGUUCCAUCACAAACAGCAAAGGUAAAAAGAGAAAACCUAGUUCCAAAACAUUAGCAGCUUCCAUCGGAUGCGGUGACGAAGACUUUGUCCAUUUUCUGACACGAUGUUUAGAAUGGAAUCCAGAUUUACGAAUGAUCCCAGAUGAAGCUCUAAAGCAUAAUUGGUUGGCUGGAAAAAAGCAAGACGGAGGAAGAAUUUCUAGAAGAUCACAAUCUCUUUCAUCCCGUGAUAUAGAAUCUGGUUGUUCUUCAUCAACUGUUUCGAGUGCAUUGAUAGAAGAGAAAGGUAAAACUGAGAAAAAGCUUUCUUCCGUUUCUAAGACAGCAGCUACAAAUGUACAAACUGGACAUUCAGAAGAGAAGAUUGCUCUAGAAGAUUCCGGAACAUUUCUCCCUCCCAUUUUGUGACUCUGUUUGAAUUUUAUCUUUCUGUAUAUUAAUACAUAUCUCCAUUCGUUGCAAAAUGUUCCACACUCGGCCUUCAAGUGCACUCACUGUUCACGUCCAUCACUAUUCUGAGUACAAUGAUGUACAUAUUGUAAAUAAAAUGUACUAUAUUCGUGUGUAGAGUCAUCAUCCAAUAAAUUCCUUGGAGGUUUUGCCUUUCUUUUGAUCAUUGCACUAAAUUAAACUAAAAUAUGAAUAUUUUUAUACUCUUAUUUUGCAGAAAUGAAUAAUUGAAUUUUAAGUUACAAGUAUUAAUGGUAAUCUGAAAAUCGUAAAAUAUUUAAUCGAACUUUUUUCCUGUUAAAAUGAUGUUUGAAUCAUAAUACUGUAUUAUAUUAAUCACAAAAUGCAAGAGAUGAAAGGAUUAAUGAUAUUAAUUUAGCAUGAUUGAUAAUUCAUUAUUAUUAUUAUUAUUU